AGCUGUCAAAUUGGUCAAAUCAGAGAGAAGAAAGUCAUUUUACUCCGUAUGCAGAACGGUCGCAUGCAAAGACAUUAACCUCUUUGUCGUAGCAUUUUAACAAACAUUUAAGUUUACGACUAAACUAAAUUGUGAUAGAAACAUAAUGGCAACUGAAACGAAACCAGCACCGGUCUUCCCGAAACUGGAUGUGGAUGAGGAACCAGAACUCGGAGCAACCGAGAUCGAGUCAAUGUGUAUGAAUUGUCACGAAAAUGGCAUCACCCGGCUGCUGCUCACCCUGAUUCCUUUCUACAAAGAAGUGGUUAUCAUGUCCUUCAGUUGUGAGCACUGCGGCUACCAGAACAACGAGAUUCAAUCGGGUGGCGAGAUAGCCCCCAAAGGCAUUCGUAUCCGCGUGAACAUUGACAAGCUCAAGGAUCUAAACAGGCGUGUGGUGAAAUCGGAUUUCGCCAGCGUACGGAUAGAGGAGCUUGACUUCGAAGUGCCGGCACGUUCGCAGAAGGGUGAAGUUACCACUGUCGAGGGCAUCAUCGAUAGAGUGAUACGGGGCUUAGAGCAGGAUCAACCCGUACGACGAAUACAGCAUCCGGAGGCGGCCGAACAGAUUGAAACGUUCGUAGAAAAGUUAAAAGAACUGAAGGAACUAAAGUCGCCCUUUACGAUCACAAUCGAAGACAUCGCUGGCAAUAGCUUUAUGGAGAAUCCUUUGGUACCGCAGUCCGAUCCGAAUAUGAAAAUAACACACUUCAGGAGAACAAAAGAGCAGAACCAUUUGCUGGGCGUGUUCAACCACGAUGAGACGGAGGCCGAAAAAUCCCAACAACCAAAAUCGAUACCGGAGGGGGAAGAUAAACUACUGAAACCGAUUGCCGAAGGCUCGUGGCCCUUGGAGGAAUUACAAGGCGAGGUCCUACAGUUCAAAACCAAUUGUCCGGAGUGUGCGGCGGAAUGCGAGACUAAUAUGAAACUUACAACCAUUCCCCACUUCAAGGAGGUGGUCAUUAUGGCCACUGUUUGUGAGAACUGCGGUUUGAGGACGAAUGAAGUUAAGCCGGGUGGAGGAAUUGAGGAGCAGGGUGUCAAGAUUGAAGUAGCUGUCCGGGGAAAGAUCGAUUUCUCGCGUGACGUUUUGAAAUCCGAAUCAUGCGAUCUUUACAUUCGCGAGCUGGAGUGCCAGGUUGGGGCGGGCACUCUUGGUGGACGUUUCACGACGAUCGAAGGUUUGCUAACUGCAAUGAAGGAACAGCUGGCGGAGAGCUUUGUCAUGUUCAUGGAUUCCAAUGACGAAGAUACGAAGAAAAAGAUGGACGACUUUUUCGGACAGCUGGAUGAAGCCAUUGCCGGAACUAGGCAUCUAACAAUUGUUCUGGAUGACCCAACGGGGAACAGUUACGUGCAGUCGCUGAACGAUGAUGGAACGCCGGACGAGGCGUUGAGAAUCUUCAAGUAUCACCGAUCGCAUGAGCAGAAUGAAGAACUAGGAUUGAAUGACAUGAAGACGGAAAAUUAUGGUGAGCCUGGAUCAGAUGAGAAAAUAAGUUCAUGAAAGUACUGAAGAAGAAUAAAGUUUAUUUUAUCUGA